ACUACGACUCAGUUGCUCACGAGCAUUCGCCAGAGUACUUACCCGCAAUCAUGGCUGCCCGUUCCGAAAAUACCGCGAGUGUUGUGCUCGCGUCCUCCCGUAUGGUGCUCCUCGUGUUAGCCGCCGUUCUAGUCCUAGCGAACGCCAACCAGAGCCAGCCGGGUCUCAAGGUCGAGAAGCUCUACGUGCCCGAGGUCUGCGACGCCAAGUCCAAGAUCGGCGACCAGCUGACGAUGCACUACACCGGCACGCUGCUCGACGGCACCAAGUUCGACUCAAGUUUGGACAGAGAUCAGCCGUUCACAUUCCAGCUGGGAGUUGGCCAAGUUAUUAAAGGCUGGGACCAGGGUUUGGUUGAUAUGUGCGUGGGCGAAAAGAGGAAGUUGACCAUACCACCGGAACUCGGAUACGGAGAGAAGGGAGCCGGAAACGUAAUUCCAGGAGGUGCAACGUUGUUGUUCGAGGUUGAACUGAUCAACAUCAGCGACACUCCGCCGUCGGCCAACGUGUUCAAGGAGAUAGACAGCGACCGCGACAACCAAUUGUCCCGCGAGGAGGUGAGAGCAAUGGUGAGCGAGUACCUGAGGAAGCAGAUGAUCGAGGCGGACCAGGGUAGCGCGGGCGACAACGACCAAGUGAAGAAGAUCCUGGCGGACCACGACAAGCUGGUCGAGGAGAUCUUCCAGCACGAGGACAAGGACAAGAACGGUUUCAUCUCGCACGACGAGUUUACCGGGCCGAAGCACGACGAGCUCUGAAGUCAUCGUGCCGCGUCGCCGCGUCUCCGAGCACCGCGUCGCCCGCGCCCACGCCCGCGCCCGCACCGCCGUCGGCGUUGUGUCUCGUGCCACCACGUGUUCACCAACCCGCGGAAUCGCUUGGUCGAGUCCCAUCCGGCCCGUGUCUACCACUGAAGAACAGGAACCAUGGUGUGUGCCGAUCGAUCCGCGCUCGUCCGCGGGUCCUCUCGACCGUCGACCGCUCGUCCGCCCGCCUCGAGGCCCUUCGACGCGUCCGCUUCGCGCGAGCUGCCAACGGAGGAGCGACCAAGGGUCGCGGACGGACCUCCCCCUCGCCGGGAAUUUGAUCUCGCGACGCUGCUCGGACACUGCCUGGGCCUUGACCGGGACGAAUGAGUGCGUCGCAAAGUGUCCGGAAGCUUCGUCCUCGCCUGGAAGCCGUCUUCCUCUCGCCGGGAGCUCGGCGCGUCGCCCUCGGGGGCCUAGGAGGACCUGGAAGGACCUAGAAGGACCUAAAAGGACCUAAGAGGACCUAGGACCAGGCGCCAUCGCAGACAGGCAGAGCCGUCGCGUUCUUCCAUUGCCGAGGGUGCUGGCUGCGAGGCGACCCGAAGAGGAGAAAUUCCCGGUCGAGGGGCAAAAUGUCACGCGUGAAGGCGGAAUCGACUUGUCGAGGAUCGAUCGCGCGAUCGAUCCGCGCGGGUGGUUCUCGGGUCUGUGGUUUCCGGCCGCGGAAGCGUUUCCUCCGAAGCUCGGGCGGGACAUUGGUGGGACAGCGCGCGACGAGCCGAGCGAUCGAGAUCCUGGCGCGAAGCGAGGCACUUCUACGCCUAUCAUAAUUAUAACAAAUAUAUAGAUAGAAAGAGACAAUGGGAGAGAAUUUAUGAGAGGAGCUGAGAGAAAGGGUGGGAGAGAAAGAGGAACCGAGAGAAAGAGUGGUUUUUCUACACGACUAUAGAGGUUAGCAUUAAUUAAGCGCAUCGGCGUAACGGUGCUAAAUGAAUCACACGCGAAACGAUUAUUGUCCCCUCUCUCGAAAGCUUUCCGAUCGUUCAAUACCCCCGUCCCCUUGUCACCCGCCCUCCCCCGCCUCUGCCUCGAUACCCUCCCCCUUCUCGACCCCUCCCGUCACUGUACACAAGCCUGACACAUCCCUUAACCGCGAUCAUCGGACCGUUCCGUUCCCUGUUCCCAUUUUUUAUCCGAGAUCACCGGCGUUAUUACUCGGCCACGAAGAUAUCGCGCGCGGAAGACGUACGUGCACGUCGGGACUGGAGGUCCGCGAGCCAGGAAGGUGCAAAAGCCGGAUGCAAACGCGUGGCGGAGAUGAACGGCGGUCGCAUAAAUUGUACACGACGCUAUCUUUUUUCUCCAACGAUCGUCGCGCUAUCAUUAUUACACUUUUAACUGAUACGUUUUUAUUACUACAUUAUAUUGUAUGUUGUUAAAGUUGGACGAAGGUUAAUAAUAAAUCGUGUGUCUCGAGCACAGUUUGUUAUA